AUGUCCCUCGUGUUAACAAGCCUCGAGCGGCUUGUGAGCCGCGUGAUAAAUUUCGCGUUCGAGCGGUGGCUUCAGAAUCCGCAGUCCUUCUUAACGGACAUCAGCACGCUUUCUUUAGUCCGCUCGUGUAGGCUAAAACACAUUCCCAUAUCCAACCAACUCCGUUUGGUCUUCAGUUAUCCGUCAGAGGGCGACGGGUUUUGGAAAGAUAAAUUCGUCAAGGCCGAAGACGCGAGACUCAACCCCAACUUUAAGCAAAGCUUGCGCUCGUUGCGCGUGCUGGCCAAGCUCGUUCGCGCCCUUGUUCAAGGGCUCAGGCUCGAGCACGAUUCCCGGGUUUCUGUUGGUUAUGCUGAUUGUCAAAAAUUAUUGAUAGGAAAAACCGAACCUGUGGUUGUACCGGGAUGCGGUGAGAACGAAAGCCGGGAAGUUGUUGAUAAGCCGAGGAAACUUUGGGGCGUGGGGUUCAAUACGGAGCAUUUGGAAAGGAUGGUUUGGGAUUUGACGCUGACUAACUCGGGAAUCGACAAUGCAUCCUAUUGUGGAAAUGGGAAGAUUGCUAUGGAAGACCAUGAGGUUCACUUAGCUUAUACAGACGAGGAAUUAGCUACCACUUUAGCACACGAGAUUGGGCAUGGAGUGGCAAUGCAUAUCGAAGGGGACCCCCAAUAUACGUUUUGGCCCUUUCUCCUAAUUCCGUGGACUUCAUCCUUUUGGGCCUCGAUAAUACUCUUGCGCGUAUGCGACUUAGUGCUUUACAUGAAGAGAAGGCAUGAACUCGAAGCAUGGUACAUUGGGCUUAUGUUGAUGGCCUCGGCUGGCUACGAUCCUAGGCUUGUGCCGGAUUUUGUCAAGAAAUUAAUGGAAAUCGAGUGGGAUGACGAUUAUAAGUGUCUAUUGGAGACGACUCACCCUCGUGCCGGGCGAGUAGCCGAGAUGCUGCGCCAAGAGAGGGUGAUGGAUAAGGCAGUCGAAAUAUAUGAGAAAGUUCGGGCCGGAGGUGAAGUACCGAGCUUUGUUGGGGGAGGGGAAAGAAAUUUUUGCAGCAGGCUUUUCAACCCUUUUUCAGUUACUCAGUUUUUUUCCGAAUUUAAACGAGAUAUUGGGUAUGGAGUGGCAAUGCAUAUCGAAGGGGACUCCCAAUUUGCGUUUUUGCCCCUUCUCCUAAUUCCGUGGACUUCAUCCUUUUGGUCCCCGGUAAUAUUCUUGCAUGUAUGUGACUUGAUGCUUUACAUGCGUCGAAGGCAUGAACUCGAAGCAUAG